CAGGCCACAGCCGCGCUAAGAUGGCGACUCCCAUGCAUCGCCUCAUAGCCCGGAGACAAGCUGAAGCAAAUAAACAACAUGUAAGAUGUCAGAAAUGCUUGGAAUUUGGGCAUUGGACUUAUGAAUGCACAGGAAAAAGAAAGUACCUACAUAGGCCUUCAAGAACAGCAGAACUAAAGAAAGCUUUAAAAGAAAAAGAAAACAGAUUAUUAUUACAACAAAGCAUUGGAGAAACUAAUGUAGAAAGAAAGACCAAGAAAAAAAGGUCUAAGAGUGUAACCAGUUCCAGUAGCAACAGCAGUGACAGUUCAGCCAGUGAUUCUUCAUCAGAGAGUGAAGAGACCUCUACCUCAUCCUCCUCAGAGGACAGUGACUCUGAUGAAAGCUCCUCCAGUUCAUCAUCUUCAGCCUCCUCCACAAGCUCUUCCUCGUCCUCCGAUUCAGACUCAGAUUCCAGCUCUUCCAGUAGCAGCAGCAGCAGCACAAAUAGUAGCUCUGAGGAUGAACCACCAAAGAAGAAGAAAAAGAAAUAGAAUUGUUCCAUCCAUGUUGGACUGAUGGACUAAAAACAUUAAUGCGAUUGUCAGAAGGGAAUUUAGAAUGUGUUAAGACCAAAUAGGUUAACUGAUCAAAAUUUUUAGAGUUCAAAAGUUUCUAAAUGUUUUACAUUGUAAGAGUAUAAAGAGUAUUAAUAAUGGAUUAUAUAUAUAAAGACUUUUUUAUUUUAGGGGUGAAUCUUGGUUUUUUUUUUACCUUUAAAAUAUAUCUCUAAAAAUUAAUCAAAGCUGAAAUCUAGUAAAUCUUUUUGUGAUGAAACCUAUCUUUUCUCCCUGUGAAAUAAAUGCCAUACUUUGUUAUAUGUUAGUGCUAUGUAUCCGACAUGUUUUCAGGAUAGUGCAUCAGAAUAUCUGUCUGGCAGUGAAUUUCUAAUGCUUUUGGCUGUAUGUUAUUAUGUAAGAUUUAAUACCUCUAUAAGCUUAGAGUUUUCCUACUGUUAAUAAGUGUGCUCUAUUUUUAUGUUUAUGUUCAGAAAGUUGUUCUGACUUCUUGUCCUAAGGGAAAAGUUCAAGGAAUCUAUUAAUAAAUUUAUACCUUUUGGAUGGUACAAGUUUCAAGUUACUGUGUUGUAUCAUUCAUUUUCUUCUGGUUCUUAGAGUUACCCUUUUAUGACAAAAAUUAUUCUAGAGGAACUUAAAAAGGAACAAAAUUCUGGAACUACAUAGGACUCUAAUCUUGGUGCCUUUUGAUAAAUUCAGUGUAUCAGAAAAGAAAACAGUCAUUUAAAAAGCUAACUUAAGUAAAAGUGAUAUAAAUACCUUUGUGUGUUGAUAUGCUAUAAAAGGUACCAUUCAAAGGGGGAAAAAAUGGUAGAAGGAAGAGAGGUAAUUUUUACAGAAAAUUAGAGUGAUGUUGGUUGCCUUUUACUAAAAUAUUCUUAAGUUUUCAUAAAGAUUGCCUUUUACCAUUUUGCAAUUGUGGUAUGACAGUUUAUAUGGUAUCUGGUCGUAUAUGACAGUCUACCACAUAAAUAUGAAUGACUUGGAUUAAUCUGGUGUGUUGACAUAGCAUAUACACAGUUGAAAUCUGGCAUGAAAGUUUAAAAAGAAAUACUGCACAGUAUUUCUUAAAAGUAAAGUACCAGGCCAUGGUGAAAUUAUUUGGUUUAACAUCACAUUAUUUUGUGAUGUCUUUUAAACUUUUUGGAAAGAGGUAUCAUUUGUAGAAAAAUCUUGAUUUGGGUUAAAUAUAGGUUUUUAAAACUACAGAUGUUGUCUUUUUUAUAUUUUUAUGAAAAAGCAGUAGAAAAUUACUUUUGAAGAGAAUGGACUUCUAUUUAAAUGUUUAAAUAUAUGUAUGUUGUGAGUUUAAAGAGAUGUAAUUACCUGUUAUACAGAACCGUUGGCUUUCAACGAUUGUAAAUAAACUCUCAAAACAUCAUUUUAAGGCUCCAUACAGAAUGUGUCAAUUGACAGGCAAAUUUAAUAAACUACUAAUGAAAUACAAUUUACAAUGUAAUCUCUGUAAGGGCAAUUUUAGCAGUUAAACUUGGAAGAGAAACAAAUGUGUACAUAGGUUACAUCACUUGCAAUUAAAUAAAGCUCAGUUUGUGCUGACGAGCUUAUUAAUAAGCUGCUUUUAUCUCUUUGCUGUUUUACUUAAUGCCAUUUCUUAUCCAUUUACAUGGUAAGAGCAUUUAAAUUCUAAUUAUUUUUACUAUUACAUAUGUUAAAAGGUAUACCUGGAAAAGUACAGAGGACAGGAAAUUUAUUCUAGUCACAGUUUACUCAAAAAAGCAGAAUCAAUGGCAAAGUGGAGAGUCACUUCCAAAGAGUUUCUCCCCAUCCUGCCUAAAAGCAGAACUCUGGAUGUUGAAUCCCUGGCAAAUGUAAUAAAUGUAUUAUUUCUCAACUACAACCACAAACAUAUCAAAAGGAGACAUAAUUAGAUCAUAGGUUUUCACUCCACAAACAUUUGUUAGUAUGACUAUAUAAUAUAGUAAAUUUGUCUUGGUAUCAAAAUACGGCAUUAGGCCAAGUUAGCACUGGAAAUGGAAAAAAGUACAGAGAAGGUGUACUUUAUAGUCAUGGUUUUAUUUACUUUUUUAACUUGCUAUUUUGAACUGACUGUAGAUUUACAGAAAAUUUAUAAAAAUAUUACAAUUUCCAUGUAUACCUCACCUAGCUUCCCCUUAUGUUAGCAUCUUAUAUAACCAUAGUACAAUGAUCAGAACCAAGAAAUUAAUAUUUGAUAAACUACUGUUAAUUAAAUCAAAAGCCUUACUCAUAUUUCAUCAGCCUUCCCAGUAAUGUUCUAUUUCUGUUCCAUUAUAUUACCCAGAAAGUACAUUUAGUUACUUCUAAGUCUGAGGCUAAGUUCCUUAGUCUUUCCUUGUCUUUCAUGCCCUUGUCACUUUUGAAGAGUAUUGAUCAGUUAUUUUGUCUAAUGUCCCUCAAUUUGGGUUUGCCUAGUGUUUUCUCAUGACUGAACUGAUGUUAUGCUUUUUGGAAGAAUAUCACAGAAAUGAAGAAUUCCCAAUGUUGAUAAGUCAUUUAUUAUUGGUGAUGUUGACCUUGAUUACUUGGUGAAGGUGGCUUCAUCAGGUUUCUCCAUUGCAAAGUUACUGUUUUUCCCCUUUUAGUUGAUAGAUAUCUUGGAGGAGAUACUUUGAGACUUUGCAAAUUGUUUGUCCUUACAGUCAGCCACUACUUUUAGUGGAUCUUGUCUAGAACAAUUAUUACUGUGAUGUUUUGCAAAUGGUGAUUUUCCAUUUCCCUCUUUACUUCUACACUAAUUGGAAUUAUACUCUUAAGGAAGAGCUGCCUCUUCUCCCCCAUUCAUUUAAUAAAUGGUACUGUGGACUCCUGGAUGU